AUGGUCGCUGCGCGUGCCUUGUUGUGGUGCCUGUGCCUGAUCGCAGUCGGGACCCCGGCCGCCUCCCGCGGACACGGACGACAACACCACGCUCCCUCACGACACAAACAUUCGGAAUUCGUUAAAGGAAAAAUAUGCAUCGGGACAAAUGGUCGGAUGUCGGUGCCGUCGAACCGCGACACCCACUACAGGAAUCUUCGCGACCGAUUUACCAACUGCACGUAUGUCGACGGAAACCUCGAGUUGACAUGGCUGCAAAACGAAACUAUGGACUUAUCAUUCCUGAAAUACAUAAGAGAAGUGACCGGCUACGUGCUGAUUUCGCACGUGAACGUACGACACAUUGUACUACCGCAGUUGCAAAUCAUCCGUGGACGUACGCUGUUCAAACUGAAUGUGAGAGAAGAAGAAUUUGCUCUUAUGGUGACUAUGUCGUCUGCAUUCACUCUUGAGUUGCCCGCGCUCCGCGAUGUGCUGCGAGGAAGUGUUGGAAUUUAUAACAAUUAUAACUUGUGCCACGUUAAAACUAUAAAUUGGGACGAAAUAAUUACGGGUGCCAAUGCUACUUACGUGUACGUAUAUGAUUUUGCUGCUGCAGAAAGAGACUGCCCGCGUUGUGAUAGCAGCUGCGAGGCCGGUUGUUGGGGAGAAGGACCCGAAAACUGCCAAAAAUUUUCCAAAACUAUAUGCAGUCCUCAGUGUGCUCAAGGACGAUGCUUCGGGCGAAACCCUCGAGACUGCUGCAACGCAUUUUGUGCCGGCGGCUGCACAGGACCUCUACCUAGCCAAUGUCUUGCCUGCAGAAAUUUCUAUGACGAAGGUACAUGUUCUCAAGAAUGCCCGCCGAUGCAAAUCUACAAUCCUACAACUUAUUCUUGGGAACCAAAUCCAAAUGGAAAAUAUGCGUACGGUGCCACUUGUGUUCGCAAUUGUCCAGAACAUCUUCUAAAGGAUAAUGGAGCGUGCGUGAGAAGCUGUCCCCCGAAUAAGACUGCAGUCAACGGAGAAUGUAUUCCAUGCAAUGUGACUUGUCCGAAGACAUGUCAUGCAGAAAAGCCAAUACAUUCUGGCAAUAUCGACAGUUUUAAAGACUGCACUAUUAUAGAUGGAUCGAUUGAGAUUUUGGAAAUGACGUUCACGGGAUUUCAGCACAUAAACUCAGAUUAUUCGUUUGGCGAGCAUUAUGCUAAGAUGGAGCCUCACAAAUUAGAGGUGUUCAGCACAGUGCGGGAAGUGACCGGUUACCUGAAUGUUCAAGCUCAUCAUCCUAAUUUUACUAGCCUCUCUUACUUCCGCAAUUUGGAAGUGAUAGGAGGACGCCAAGUCGUUGAAAACCUCUUUGCUUCUCUCUACAUAGUAAAAACGUCACUGAAGUCUCUUGGAUUAAAAUCACUAAAACGAGUGAAUUCCGGUGCUAUAGCCAUCAUGGAAAAUAAAUAUUUAUGUUUUGCGGAAAAAAUUGCCUGGAACAAGCUUGUCAAGUCUAAAGAUCACAAGCAAAUAAUACAAAACAAUAGUGACCCGGAAACUUGUGAAAGUGCAAAUUUGGUGUGUGAUCCUCAAUGUUCUGCGGACGGCUGUUGGGGCCCUGGACCAGAUCAAUGCCUCACCUGUAAAAACUACCAGUAUGACGAAAUAUGCCUUCAAAAUUGCAGUGUUGUACCUGGGUUAUACAAUGAUGGGCCCAAGAGCUGCAAAGAGUGUCACCCAGAAUGCAAAGAUGGCUGUAAUGGACCAACACGAGCUAAUUGUACAAGUUGCAAACAUGUACGUGAUGGCCCUUACUGCGUUAGCGAAUGUCCGGACUCAAGAUAUACCUCUGAUAAUGCUACUUGCCAACCAUGCCAUAGGAACUGCUUUAAUGGAUGCACAGGACCAAAUAAUACCGUCGGUGAAGGUGCAUGCAACUCCUGUAAGAAAGCUAUUAUCAGCGUCGAAGCUACAGUUGAAAGUUGCCUAAGCGAAAACGAACCAUGCCCUGAUGGAUAUUACAAUGAAUGGGUUGGUAAUGUAAAACCUCUCGAAGGAAAAGUAAAAGUUGUUUGCCGUAAAUGCCAUCCUAGAUGCAAAAAGUGUUCCGGUUUUGGAAUACACACCCAGGUCUGCUCCCUGUGUAAUGGCUAUAAACGAGGAGACCAGUGUGAAGACGAAUGUCCGGCGGAUCACUUCACAGACGAAGAGACUAUGUCAUGCAUACCUUGUCACCCAGAAUGCAAAGGUUGUAAGGGAACAUCUUCCACAGACUGCAUUAAAUGUAAAAAUCUAAAAGUGUUUUUGUCGCCGGAUGAGCCUGAGAAUCAACACUUUUUCAAUUGCAGUGACACUUGUCCAUCACAUGUACCACACAAAAUUUAUUUCGACUCUUCAUUAAAUCGACUAGACGAUGCUUAUUGCUCCACGCAUACUCAUGGCACCCCAAAUGGCAUGGUAUCUGCCAAAAUUCCCACAGUACUUGUAAUAGCUCUGGUUCUUGGUUGUAUAUUGUUAGUGAUUUUCGGAAUAAUAGGAUACACAUGCAGACAAAAAGCCAAAGCAAAUAAGGAAGCAGUUAAGAUGACAAUGGUUUUGACUGGUUGCGAAGACAAUGAGCCUCUGCGCCCAACCAAUGUCAAACCAAACUUGGCCAAAUUAAGAAUUGUAAAAGAAGUUGAAUUAAGGAGAGGUGGUAUGCUCGGUUUUGGAGCUUUUGGUAAAGUGUACAAGGGCGUAUGGGUACCAGAAGGUGAAAAUGUAAAGAUACCGGUAGCCAUCAAAGUUUUGAAGGAUGGAACAGGUGCUAACACUAGCAAAGAGUUUUUAGAAGAAGCUUACAUAAUGGCUAGUGUUGAACAUCCCAAUUUGCUGCAAUUGCUAGCCGUAUGCAUGACUAACCAGAUGAUGCUCAUUACCCAAUUGAUGCCGCUUGGUUGUCUACUUGAUUACGUUAGAACUCACAAAGAAAAAAUUGGAUCCAAGGCAUUUUUGAAUUGGUGUACACAAAUAGCUCGUGGUAUGUCUUAUCUUGAAGAAAAGCGACUGGUCCACAGGGACCUUGCUGCCCGUAAUGUACUUGUACAAACACCGAAUUGUGUCAAAAUAACAGAUUUCGGAUUAGCUAAGUUACUCGAAGUGAACACAGAUGAAUAUAAGGCAGCUGGUGGUAAGAUGCCAAUCAAAUGGCUCGCUCUGGAGUGCAUUCAGCACAGAAUUUUCACGCAUAAGAGUGAUGUCUGGGCUUUUGGCGUGACAAUCUGGGAGAUUCUAAGUUAUGGAGCACGUCCUUAUGAGUCCAUAUCUGCACGAAAUGUUCCUGAACUGAUCGAAAAUGGUUUGAAACUGCCACAACCCAGCAUUUGUACUCUAGAUAUAUACUGCAUAAUGGUAUCCUGCUGGAUGCUUGAUGCCGAUAGUCGCCCCACGUUCAAGCAACUAGCCGAUACAUUCGCAGAAAUGGCAAGAGACCCAGGCAGAUACUUGGUCAUACCAGGAGACAAGUUCAUGCGAUUGCCGUCCUACUCUACCCAGGAUGAAAAGGAAUUAAUUAGAAACCUGUCGUCGGCAAUGGAAGGUCCUGAGUCUCUAGUUGAAGCAGAUGAAUAUUUGCAGCCCAAAUUUAAAUCUGGUCCGAGCAACAACACUACUAUUUCUGUCAUUGAAGUUCACCAGAACUCUAUGAAACCUUCGGCUACUUGGCCCACCGGCGGUCCAACCACCGACUGCGGAACUCCAGACGGGGCUAGCAAACCAGAGACGUGGGACCACGAGCUCCUGCGAUACAACCAAGCAAACCCUUGCGGCGAGGCCACUGAGCUUCGACAUUAUUACAACAACGGCGUCUGCGCGUCCGACAGCUCAAGCUCAAGAUACUGCAGUGAUCCUAUGAAAGGAAGGCCAGAAAUCUCCGAAACUAAUUUCGACAACAUGUCGAAAAUCAAGGAAGCGCAAGUUGGAAAUUUAAAGCUAAAUCUGCCGCUAGACGAGGACGACUACUUGAUGCCUUCACCACAGCACACGCAGAACGCUUCCACAUACAUGGACUUGAUAGGCGAAGGUGGUGAAAAUCAGGAGGGGAUUAAGGACUUGCGAUUCAGUGGUUUUGUGGGAAAACGAUGCGUUGACAACCCUGAGUAUUUAAUGUCGGAGGAAAACGUAUUACCACAGACUUUGGGAAUUCCGACGGAACCAGUGCCGAUGGAGUCACUGUGUAUGAGCGAGGGUAGCGGCAGCGAGUCGACGCCACGGCCAAGCACCAGCAAGUACCUGCCGCAGCGCUCGGUGGAGGAGGAGUCCAUGUCGGACCAUGAGUACUACAACGACCUCCAGCGCGAGCUGCAGCCGCUCCGCCGGAACGAGACCACUGUGUGA